AUGCCGAGGAUUGCCGACACCCGGUUUGCUCCCGUUGGCCCUGUUGCGGUGGCAUCGCACCCCUCUUACAGCCCUGGCAGAUCCCGACAGCAACCCUGGCACCCUGGCAGGUGCCUGCGCCAGCCCCGCUGCCCCCUGCGCUGGACUGCUGGGUCACGAGCCAACCAGAGCGGGCCGGGUUUGAGAUUUGCCCGCCGAGCGAUGCGUGUGUCAUUCCCGCGAAGCUUCAUGCAGCGAAGCUCCUGCUGGGCUACCGGUGUUACUUACGAAAACCAGCAGUGUCUUGGGAUGAAGCCGUCGUGCAUCCUAUGGCAGAAUAAAAGCAGGACGGUCGUGCUGCUCGACCUGCCGCGGUCGAUUGAAGAGGCGCAGGUCUUGUCCAGCGCAUGUGCGUCUGCGUCUGCAUCUGGCUCUGGAUUCAAACUGCUGUUCCCCACGGAGAGGAGAAAGCUCCGCAGGCUGAUCUCCGCGCCGCCUCCGACGUGUCCAUUCCCAACCCCGGAGCCCAAGAAGGCUGGCUGCAGCAAUGGUCUGUAUACCACACAAUCGGCGUCGUCGCACGCAGCCCAGGUGGCCGAGUUGAUGACGCAAGCGGCUGUUGAAUCUGCGUUGUACGAAAUCAAGACCUCAUAUGACGGGCCCUGGUGUCUGCCCCGUGUCACUGCCGCUGCCGCUAUCGCUGCCCCUCACCAACACCAUUCCCAGCCCAAGCUCCAGCCGCCCACCGGACCGAGUCCACGUGCCAGUUCCCCCCCUUGUCCGGCUCCGACUCCGACUCCACUCUCGGCACUAGCCCCGGAGACAACAGAGAAGGGGUCGCGACCUCCGAGGGCUCCUGGAGCAGGACCUCAACUGUCUGGCGAAGUCGAACAGCCCGACAUGGCUUCCUCCUUCUCCGGAGAACCCCUAUCUCCAUAUCUCAUUCCUCCCAAAUCACACUUCCUCCCCGGCACUAUCUCCUCCCUUCGUGCGACCUUCCUCUCCAAAGCCCCCCAAUUUAACCUCAUCCUCCUCGACCCUCCAUGGCCGAACCGCUCUGCCAAGCGCAAGCGCAAGCGCGGUUCCCGAGGGGACCCCUCAGCCGCCUACAACACCGCAACAGACCUCACUUCCAUCCGUUCUCUGCUCAACCAAAUCCCCGUGGCCGCACACCUCGCCCCCGGAGGGUAUGUCGCCGUGUGGGUGACCAACUCUGCACGCUUUACAGACCUGCUUCUGACUGCCUCAGGCGGCAACAGCAGCGUUUUUGAUGAGUGGGGGGUUGAGUUGGUAGGCGAGUGGACGUGGUUAAAAAUCACGGCGAGAGGCGAGCCGAUAGUUGGGUUAGAAUCGGUGUGGCGAAGGCCGUGGGAGAGGCUAUUGAUUGCGAGGAAGAAGGGGUUUUAUGGACAUGCCAUGAAGGGACCGGUGAAAGAUAAGGUAAUUCUUGCUGUGCCGGAUGCACAUUCAAGGAAGCCCAACUUGAGAGCGUUGUUCGAAGAGGAGCUGUUGCCGGAGAGGUACGAAGCUCUUGAGGUAUUUGCGAGGAGUAUGACGGCUGGCUGGUGGGCUUGGGGGGAUGAGGUUUUGUUGUUUCAGCGGAGGGAAUGUUGGGUUGACCAGGCAGAUGAGCCUACCGAUCCGAGCAUAGAGCCUGAUGAGUUAUAG